CUGGUUCUUAUCCUGUGCUGUUGCCUGUGCGCUGGCCCAAUGCGAGCCGCGUUCAGUGCUCGGGCAACUUCCUAGCGCGUCGGUCGGUCGGUCGUUGGGCUCCAAGAACAAACCCCAGUUUCUCAGCUCAAUUGAAGAAUCGCAAAGAACGAGCGAUUACCGUUAGACGUUAGACAUUUGUCGCCGUUAAACGUUUCAGUCGUUGACCGUUACGAAAAAUGAUUUGACAAAGAUUUCGAAUAGAAAUUUCAAAUCAACAUCAAACCGAAUCGAGGGGCAGAAAAAGUGUCGAUAAAACCAUUUUUGAAAAGUGUUGAAAAGCUUGAAAAAGAUUUAAAUUGUAUCGAAUUUUUUUUCAAGUGCUUUAAAGUUGUUUGGUUUUUCUUUUUUUUUUUUUAACAAGAAUUUCUGUUGGCAAUAAAUAACAGAAAAAGUGUUGAAAAACGUGUAGCCUCGUGGGCAAAAGCGGCCAGUGAGGAGAGUCGAGCGACAAGUCAUCAUCAACCGCGUAAAGCAAUGCUAAUGGGAACUAAAACAGGCUUAUGAUGAUGAUGAUGAUGGCCCAACAAAACGGCGACCAAAGCGCCAACAGCAUUCGCAAUCGGAGCAAACUGUAUCGCAGCGAGAACUUCAAGUUCCAGAAUAUCAUCAGUUGGAUGCCGAGAGUGGGACGACGGGUAGAGCGACAGCGACAAUUAGAGACCAUUAGCCAGAGGCAGACCAAUCAAUCCAUAUUCAGACAGAAGCUGGCGCAUUUCCGAUUUGCGGACACGGGCGUGGGCGUGGCCAAUGGAGGCGGACGAUUGCAGCUGUUGCUGUUGCUAUUGAUUUGCAAUUGCAUUGAUAUUUCCGUUUCAAACAAAAUCUCCUCAGUGGGCGCCUUCGAGCCGGACUUUGUGAUCCCAUUGGAAAAUGUGACCGUUGCCCAGGGCCGGGACGCGACAUUUACCUGUGUGGUCAACAAUUUGGGCGGUCAUCGGGUGAGUGGUGACGGUGCGUCAGUUCCAGCCAAGGUCGCUUGGAUUAAGGCCGAUGCAAAAGCAAUUCUGGCCAUACACGAGCACGUGAUAACGAACAAUGAUCGAUUAUCGGUGACGCACAACGAUUACAACACCUGGACACUGAACAUACGCGGCGUUAAGAUGGAGGAUGCCGGCAAAUACAUGUGCCAGGUCAACACAGAUCCCAUGAAAAUGCAAACAGCCACACUGGAGGUUGUUAUACCGCCGGACAUAAUAAACGAGGAGACCUCCGGCGAUAUGAUGGUGCCCGAGGGCGGCUCCGCGAAGCUGGUUUGUCGCGCCCGCGGCCAUCCCAAGCCGAAGAUCACCUGGCGGCGCGAGGACGGGCGCGAGAUAAUAGCACGGAAUGGCGUGCAUCAGAAAACCAAAGCCAUCUUGGUGGAGGGUGAAAUGCUGACGCUGUCGAAAGUCACGCGAUCGGAAAUGGGCGCCUACAUGUGCAUCGCCUCCAACGGGGUGCCCCCCACUGUCAGCAAACGCAUGAAGCUACAGGUGCACUUUCAUCCGCUGGUGCAAGUGCCAAAUCAAUUGGUUGGCGCUCCGGUUCUAACGGAUGUCACAUUAAUUUGCAACGUGGAGGCAUCACCAAAGGCCAUCAAUUACUGGCAGCGCGAGAAUGGUGAAAUGAUUAUUGCCGGUGAUCGGUAUGCGCUCACCGAAAAGGAGAACAACAUGUACGCCAUCGAAAUGAUUCUGCAUAUCCGGCGACUGCAGUCGACCGACUUUGGCGGCUACAAAUGCAUCUCGAAGAACAGCAUUGGGGAUACCGAGGGAACCAUACGAUUAUAUGAAAUGGAACGUCCGGGCAAAAAAACUCAACGCGAGGAGGAUCUUAAUGAAGUGACGAAGAAUGAGGUGGUGCUGAAGGAGAACCGGCACGAGGAUGGGUCGCGCAAUCAGAAUGGUCGCCUGUACAAGGACCGCAGCCAGGAAGCGGACAUCGGCAGCGGAGCAGCCGCAGCCGCAGUCGGUGGCUGGUCAAGAACAAUGCAGCUAAUAAAGCCAUUUCUAUUAGCUCUAUUUGUAUUAUUAACAAGCAAAUUGUGCGGCCAAACAAAGGGCAAACGGGGCUGGGGCCAGCAAAUGGAACUGGAACUGAAACUGGAACAGGAACAGGCAUGGGCAACUGAAUUUUCGUAUAGAGUCGAAAGAUCAACGACAAGGACAAUGGGCAUGGCCGGCCGUUGCCAGGGCAGCAGUCGUUACAAAGGCCGUUCAAUAUUAUAGCUUAAUUAAAUUGUUAUUAUAAGAAGCCUAACAACAACAACAACAAUAGGAGAUCUGCAAGCCCGCCCUCUCCACAGAAAUAGACAAACAAUAGCUACCGAGAGGCGAGUUCUUUUUUCUUUUGAUUCAAUUCAAUAUGAAAAAAAAAAUACACGUAUUGCAUAAGUAGUUAAGAUUAAAUGGAAAAUGACAAAAAAAAACGCGUUUAAAUGUUACCUCGUUAGUGAAAAAAAAAAGAAAGAAAAACUUAAGUAAGAUAUGUCAAAGUUCAUAUGUUAAUCUAUUUGGUUCCAACAGGCUUUAGCUACUUCAAGUAUUAUAUUAACGAGAAAGCAGAACGAGCUUCGGUUCGCCGAAGAUUCAAUACCCUUGCAGACAGCCAAGCGGAAGAGGUAUGUCACAAUAUACUCUGAUUUUUGCCCUCUUAUAAGUAGUUGUCUGAUAUUGAUAUUGAUAUAGAUUUUAUGUCUACUUUUGUUUUUUUUUUUUUUUAAAUCAAGCAAAUCGCAGCACUAGGAUGCAUUAACCAACACUAGAUUUAGGAACUUCGGAGUAUUUAUCAGCACUAGAACUUAUUUGUCUUUGCAUUGCCCAUCACUAGGUCUUUGCAUUGAUUUUUGCUCGCAUGUUCCGAGACCUAGUGUUGGUAAAUGCUCCCUAGUUCCGAAACCCAGUGUUGCUUUCUAGUUCCGAAAACUAGUGUUCCGAGACCUAGUGUUGGUUCACGCGCCCAAGUUCCGAUUUGCUCAACAUAUAUAAAAAAAAAAAAAAAAAAAAAAAAC